CAGCAGUUUCAGUGCUAUUAGUGACGCCGCGUAACGUCGAGCCACAGAAAAAUGUUUCGAAUGUGGUUGUGAAUACGUAACAUAGAGUUUUAAGUAAAAAGAAGUUUGAUACAAUGUUGCCUUAAUUUAAAUUUAUUAAAUAGUGAUUCCGUAUUAUGUAGUGAAGCAUUUAUUAUUUUUCUUUUCAUAGCUAGUAAAUGUUUUAUGCAUAAACAUGGAUGAUAAAAGUGCUAUUACUUAUAAAAAUGUAUAAUCACAGUACUUUUCGUUCAGCGAAUCAUUAUUUGAAUUAAUAAAAGAAUGCAUCACGCAUAUUCCUCCAAAAAAGGAGAUUCUCUUUGCCCUCUUGGUUUCCAUCCUCAGGUUCGAUGGCCAACACGAUGCAAACGAUGCUUCAGAGAUUACAAAGAUCAUGGUGAAAAAAGAGGUAACUUAAGAGAUGUAACAUCAUCGACGCCUAAUCUUUCAUUACAUAGUUCAUCAGAGCGCGAUGGAAAGAGAUCUUGGGCAUCAACGACAAAUUUGACCAAAAAUGAUCUUCGAUCAUCCAACUUGGAUUCUUCGCUUAAUUCUGUAUCAACGUCUAAUUUUUCUACUAGCGCUAAUCAACUUAAUGAUGUCUCAGAAUUGCAGAAUAAAAAUACAGCAAAAGAUAAAAGGCUUUCUUUAAUAGGUGAAAAUUCUAGUUCUAAAAGUCAAUUAUAUGAUUCAACAUCAAAAUUACAGAUCAAAGAAGUUAUUAAAAACAAUGAAAAUACUGCAGGAAAUGAUGUGGAAUUUAUUAUUCAGGUGAAAAAAUCUCCUACGAAAACUGUAUCAGUAAAUGAAAUUCAAAGGCUGGAAAAUGGCGUGGAAGAGAGUGAAAUUAAAAAAUUAAGAAAAGAUUUAAAUGAAAUGAAAGAAAAAUGUCAGAGAUUAGAAAAAGAAAAAAGUGAAAUAUUACUGCGUCGUUUAAGUACUAUGGAUACAAUAUCGAAUAAAACAUCUGUGAGUGAAGUAAUUAAAUUAGAAAAGACAAUAAAAGUUCUUACAGAAGAAAAGUCUAUGUUAUUAUCAAAAAUAAGAGACUUAGAAAAUGAAGCACGUUAUAAGUUAAAUAGACGUGAUACAGAUAAAUCAACGGAAGAUUUAAAAUCUAAAUUAAAAGCAGCAGAAACUCUUUGCGAAUCUUUGAUGGAUGAAAAUGAAGAUAUGAAAAAAGAAAUCCGAGAAUUAGAAGAAGAAAUAUGUGAAAUGCAAGAUAAUUUUAGGGAGGACCAAGCAAAUGAAUAUACGAACUUACGAAAAUCUUUAGAACAAUCAAAUAAAAACAGUCGGAUUCUUUCAUUUAAAUUAAGAAAAUUAGAAAGAACAACAGAACAAUUGCAAAAAGAAAAAAAUGAUUUUGAAAAAAGAUUACAAGAGGUGAGAAAAAUAGAGGAGAUGUUGAUGAAAAUAAACAACGAUUCUAAAAAAAGAACUGAUUUAAAACCUACAGAACUUGGAACGAAAGUACAAUUUAAAAAAACGGUGGAUGAUAUGCAGAAACAAAUAGAUAAUAUUAUUACACUUUUUGCUAAUAUUAACGAUGGUAAAGAAAUAGAUAUUACUCGUGAGAAAAACAAUGAGAAUACUAUGAAAUAUGACGCUCUAUUACGGGAUUAUGAAUUAAUAAAACAAAAAUUAGAAGAUACUUCUAAGGAAUUGAUUAAAGAAAAAGAAAAAGGAAAAAAUAAAGAAAAAGACAAAGACAAAGACAAAGACAAAGACAAAGACAAAGACAAAGAUAAAGAUAAACAUCUGAAAAAAAAAUUGGAUUAUACUGUAACGUCUAGAGAAACAGAAAAAAAAGCAUGGGAAGAGGAAAAAGAAAAACUUAAGUCAGAAUUAUUAGCAUUAUCGUUUGAAAAGCUUAAAAUUUAUAAAGAAUUGGAAAAGUUAAAGAAAGAUACUGAAGCCAUAAGGUCAUCUGAAAAAGAGUAUACAAACAAGAUUAAAAGAUUAGAGACAACAGCUAAUGAUUUGAAGAAAGAAUUAUCUCAAGAAAAGAAGAAGUGCACUGAAAUACAAAAUGAUUUAUCAUCGUGUACUCAACGGGAAGCAAAUAUGACAGAAACAAUAUCAAAUAUAGAACAGACCAAAAAUCAACUUGACAAGGAAGCAAAACAUUUAAAAGAAGAAUUGGAAAGUCUUAGGCGUUCAUCCGCAACACAAAUAGCGGAUUUAAAAAUGGAGCUUACAAAUGUUAAGAAAGAUAAAGACAAAUUAACUGCUGAAAUAAAAAAAGAAAAAUCUACUAAAGAGUCUGAAAUAGCAUCUCUUAAAAGCAAAAUAACAUCUUUAGAAAAAAGUGGUUUAGAUGCUACUAAAAUUAAAGAAAUGAAAGCAAAUUAUUCUGAUAAAAUUUCAAAGCUUACAAAUGAAAUAGAAAAAAUGAAUGCGGACUAUGAUAAAUUAAAUGAAAAGAAUAAAGCAUUAGUAGUUUUAAAAGAAAAGAUUGAAGAAGAGAAUCAAUCUGUAAACAGUAUAUUAUUGCAGUAUAAAAAUGAUUUAAAUAAAAAUCAAACAGAAAUAAAAUCACUUCAAGAUUUAAUAAAAGAAAAAGAAAAUAAAUGGCAAAUAGAAAAAUCUAGCUUUGAGAAACGUAUUCAAGAAUACGAAGCAUUAUCCCAUAAGCCUUUAAUUAAUGACUUAAGAACUGAAAUUAAUAGCCUGAAAAAAGAGAAUGAUGUAAUGUUGAAAAGAUUAGAUAAUGCAAGAGAAGUAAACGAAGAUUUAGUUAAUAAAUUAAAAGAUUACGAUGCUGUAUCCAAAGCUCAUCAAGUGUUAUCAGCCGAUACAACGUCUCUUGAAUCAGAAAUACAGAAAUUAAAAACUAAUUUGACCAAUGUUGAGAAAGCGAAAAAAGCGGAUAUAGCACAAUGUAAAAUGCAUUAUGAACACAGAAUUACAGCAAUUAGUGAUGAAAUGCAAUCAUUACAAAAUCAAUUGUCACGUUAUAAACGUGAACGAGACACGUAUAAGCAUAUGUUGGAAGGUGCCCAAAGGACAAUUGCAGAUCUAAAGUCAGUUAGACAACGUAAACAAUCUUAUACAAAUUCUGAAAAAUCAGAUGAGGAUGAAGAAUCCUCUAAGGCUAAUAUUACAGUUUUAGAGCAACAAAUUAGUUGCAUGGAAGAUGAACUUUCAGAAACUAAACUUGAAUAUUCUAGAUUGAAGACGUCAUUGGUUUCCGAGAAAUCAGCUUGGAAUAUUAAAUUAUCUGAAAUGCAAUCUCGAAUUAAUGAGCUUGAAGAAGAACGUAUUCUUUCGAGUGGACGAUCAAAAAUUCCAGGCGUUAAAGUACGUAUGGAAUUAGCUUGGCAAAAGGAAAGAAAAGAACAACAAAGAUUAUUAGAAGAAACAGCUACUCUUGCAAGAGAUUUGAGGCAAACAUUGUUCGAGAUUGAAAGAGAACGUGCUAAGGAACGUCUUGAAAAUAAAAGAAAGCAAGAUCAAUUAAAGAAAGCAUUUGACGAAGAAAAAGAAGAAAAUAAGAAAAAAUUAAUAGAAUUACAAUGUGAUUUAUUGGAACUGCGAGAUGCUCACGCGAAAUUAAGAACAAGUAACGAGAGAAUGAGACGCGAAAAGGAACGUCAUGAAAAAGAAAGACAAGACUUGAAGAAUGAAAUAUUACGUCAACGAGAAUUAGAUAAUACCGAAGUGAAGAAUAUAAAUAUGUUGUUAAGACAAGUAGAUGAUCUUCAAAAACUAUUUCCAGAAUUAAAUAAUGCGUAUACUUCAGAAAAAUCAGAAAUAUACACGCCAACACCACCGAGAAGAUUAAAAGGUCCUAAAUCAAGAGAAUCAUCACCUAUGCUCGAUACGAAAAAUGAUAUUAAAGAUAAAACCGGUUCUAUGCAGCAUUUGGAAAAUAGAACAGAAAAAUUAGAAUACACCAUAAAGAAAUUAAUGGAUGUAGCAAAAGAGCUUAAAGAAUCAAAGAAAACCUUGGAUAACAUGAGUGCUAAACAGUUGAUGAAACUUAGUAAAAGAUCAACAUCUGUAGAUAAUACAACGAGAAGAGGCACGAGUCCUAAUCCUUCCAAACCACGUUUGAAAGUAAAAAGCUUAUCUUUAGAACAAACAACAGGAGGAGGAAGCAUAGAUUCUCAAAAUGUUUGGGGUACUGAUAGUAACAUGUCCAGUUUACAAUCGUUGGAAUCCAAUCCACGAGCAUUUACUUCACAACGGGAUUCUAGUGUGGAUAGUCGUUUAUCUGGCGAUUCCACGAAGAGUGAAAUGUUACAUCGAGAGAAAAAAUACAAUAAAGGUAUAAUCGGAAAAAUUCGAACUAAACUUGUUAAAUCUAGUAGUGUUGACGAAGCAAACAUGAAUUUAGACUAUCGAACUUCAGGCUCUGAAAUGAGCAUUAAUGAAGAUGUCAAAGAAGAAAAGAAAAAAUUAAAAAAGAAAUUAUCUGACAUGUUUAAAAGAGGUAACAGAAGCAGCAGCACUAGCAAGAAGUCUGAUGGUGGAGAUUCCAGCAGACCACCUUCAAGAAAUUCAACAACAUCCAAAACAUAACUUUAUACUAUUAUAUUUUUGAACUGUACAAUUCUCUUAUUUAUAAAAUCGGUUGCAGCGUGUCAAAAGUUAUCAUUAAACGUACCGAGACUUAAUAUAUACCUGAACU